AAGCCAGUCGCAGCGUUUCAUGCAAUUCAGUUGGAGUUGGAGCCGAUCUCUGAGCGGUACAGCCAUGGAAAUUUAUCGCUACUUAACAAUUGUGUUGCUUGCACAGCAAACGCUAUCGAUUUGUAUACCGCCCAACCACUGCAUCGAGGACAUGGACUAUAGCGACGCAAAGGAGCUAUACAGUUAUGUACUUUCGAAAUACGCAGAGCUGCAAAUGAAAAUUAGCGGCGAGCCAUUGGGAUUGCAUGGCAAAGUUGUCACGCACGGCAACAUCGAGGAGCAGCAUAUAGUGUUCCAGCUGAUGGACAAUACGCCGCACGACGUCAUCCAGAGCUGCGUGUUUGUGGUUACCAAAGCGCCCGAUGAGUGCGAGUCGAUUGUGACCGUCUGCAAUACAUUUUUGGGACGCACUCCGCGGCCGUUACUGGAGCGCAAGCCACUGACGGUAUGUGAGGAUGGCGUGCGCGAGGCGGAAGUGGAAAUGGAGGUGGAAGUGGAACCGGAACGCGAACCGGAAGCCGAGGACACUGACGACGCCAAUGAGGGUAAAGAAGCAACGCCAGCCACAGCGUCGGACGUCGACGUGACCAGCGACAGUGAGCUCAUCUAGCCUGGCUGGGGAUUUGGCCUAAUGUGCUGUAAUUCGUAUUUGAAAAAGAAUUGAUUAAAGGAGCUUGAGCUUGAAAUGAUGUGUCUAAAAUAAUAAUUAGUAAAAUCGAAGCUCAAUUUAAAUAAUUUCUAUGUAUAGGCGCGUAGGCAUUAUGAAUUAUAAGUAAUAUUAUAUUUAUCUAAACAUAUAUGCCACAGCAUAA